AUGGGUUUUGCUGAUGGACUCUCACAACCAUAUGCGCUGAGUCGAGGUAGCUGCACCAAUAAAAACUGGCCAGCAAAUGGCGCAUGCGACGAUAAGUGUUCUGGUGCUACCGAGAGGCGCAACUCAGGGUGCGCGCUGCCGCUUUAUCGCUAUAUCGACAAAAAACCUUACUAUUGCGCCGACUCGGUCACAGUCAAUUCAACGGGCGACACCGCUUGUCUCGCAGGUUCUCCCUUUACGCUCGAUAACGCAGAGUUGAUUACAGACAAGGCUGCGCUCGCCAAUUACACUUCUAGUGAGACUGGCUCGAACUCCACAUCAAAUUCAAACACAACGUUAAGCGGCGAUGCGAAGAAGGGCAAUGAUGUUGCGAUCGGAGCCGGUGUAGGAGUCCCCCUAGGAGUGCUGCUUCUCACCGCGCUGGCCUGGGCGCUAUUCGAACGGAGAAAACGUCUCUCUAUUCAGGCUAUGGUGGAGGGACUCCAAUCCCAGGUUGCGGAAACGGCGGCAUACCGAAAUAUGCAGGGACAGACACCGGUUUAUAGUCCUCCCAGUGAACUCUCGGCUUAUAAACCGCCCCAGGAGCUGGAGACUACCCAUUGA